CAUAGACCAUGCCCCAACGUACACCAAGGAACGCAGUGUAUACGCCUUUGCACGAAGACGAAGAAGACGAAAAUACUAUUCUUUUACUAGUUCAUCACCCAAACUCAGUCUUGGUAGCUAAUCACCAUGGCGAAUGUCAUGUUGUUCCUCACUUAUCGCAAAACUUACAGCCUACACCUCACUCACCCACCAAAAGUUCCUUCUCGGAAGCCACGCGCCGAUUUUUUCAAUCCAAGCUACCGAUUGUCCUUCGAAAAGAUAUGGCAAUAACCGCUGCGUCCUUUGCGUCUUUACCUCCUGUGAUUAUCGCUGACCUUCAAAAUGGAAAUAUGCCCACGACAACCAAUGUCAACGAGCUUGGUUGGGUCAUCGUACGCCGAAAACGGUAUAGAGGCAAAAAUGGUGUAGGAGAAACAAGACAUCAUCACCAAACCAAAUCACCUACACCUUCGCUCUUUGACAUUGUAGAUGAAGAGAUAGACCCUUCUGAUCAAGUGACUUGCUCUAUAUUUGUAAAAUGGGAAAAGACAGAAGGAACAGACACCAUGACCAUGUCUCCUUUAUUAAACGAACUAACAAAGCAAAACAAAAAGGAUGAUAGGCACUUUAAAGAUCCUAUACCUGUCACAUCGGAAAAGUUCCUGGAAAUUGUACAGUCUGUACGUAUAGCCAUUGAGAAUAAUAUGCAACCUACACGCAUCAGUCAAGGCUCCAGUGGAUCCUAUUUUUGCAGAAACAUGGAUGGCAAGAUCGUGGGUGUAUUUAAGCCUAAAAAUGAAGAGCCCUAUGGUCGGCUUAACCCCAAGUGGACAAAAUGGAUCCAUCGACAUCUCUUUCCGUGCUUUUUUGGAAGGUCAUGUUUGAUUCCCAACCUGGGUUACAUCUCAGAGGCGGCGGCUUCUCUUAUGGACCGGAAAUUAGGAACCAAUAUCGUACCUUACACGGAUGUGAUUCAUCUGUCCUCGUCAUCGUUUCAUUAUGAUUAUUUAGAUAGAAGAGCCAACAGGAGGCCGCCCAAGAUUGGCAGCUUUCAAUGCUUUUUGACGAAUUACAAGGAUGCCACGGUGUUUUUUAAAAGUCAUCCUUUUGGUGUUGAAAAAGCUAUUAGUAGCCGAGGUAGCACAAGUAGUCUGAUCGGAGGAAGAGCUGUCUGGGGCGGGUGUUUGGGGGCCACAGAUGAAGUACAGGAUGAUGAUGAGGCUGAUGAUGAAGGAGAACAUAGCGAUAGUACACGUAAGAAUAGUAAACAAGACGACGGACAAUUCAGAUGGUCGAUGCAGUUACAAAAUCAGUUUAGACGUGAAUUCGAACAACUUGUCAUUUUGGAUUAUCUCAUAAGGAAUACAGAUAGAGGGCUGGAUAACUGGAUGAUCAAAUACUGUCCUGGAAAAAAGAAGAAAAAGGGUAGUAAACACAGUAGUUAUAGCAGUCUGCAUGAAAAUGAGGAUGGCGAUGAACAAGGUCAUAUUCAUGUUGCAGCCAUUGAUAAUGGACUUGCAUUUCCUUAUAAGCACCCAGAUCAAUGGCGUUCAUACCCCUAUGGAUGGAUAGCUAUGCCUGACUCGCUUGUGAAUAGACCAUUUUCAGAAGCCACACGAAAUCAAUUUUUGCCUAUUUUGUCAGACCCGCUUUGGUGGAGAGAAACAGUCAGAGAGAUGAGGAGCUUAUUUGAAUUGGAUGACGACUUUGAUGAAAAGAUGUUUCAAAAACAAGUAGCCGUAUUAAAGGGACAGGGAUUUAACAUUGUCAGAGCGUUAAAAGAUCCAUCAUCAGGUCCAAUUGAUUUAGUAGCAAUGGAGAGAAUAGUUAUCAAUCAAGAAGAAAUAGUCAUUGAAUUCAAUGAGAAGAUAUUACAAAGCAGAUGUGAAUUUGGAAAGAAUAAAAGGUCAAACUCAUUAGAUGCGAUAUCCAAUAGACUUGAUACCCGAACAACGCCAAUAGAACGAGAUCAAACAUGGAAACAGAAAGUCAAAAGUAGAUUAUCAAUCGACAUUGGACGUUCAGGCAGCUUCUUUAACAAAAAGAGGAAAAGCCAUGAUAGGGCAUUUGAUAGUGAUGGUGAUUUUUCAGAAGAUGAAGAAGAAGUCGUGUUAAAGAAAGUAACGGUUAUUAUGGAGACGAUUGAACUUGUAAAAAGCAGAACUUAUUUUACUUGCUGGUAAAACAGCGAUUAACGUUCAAAUACAAUGGACUUUUCAAGCUCUUUUCUAUGUCUCCAUUCAAUCAACAAUUCAUAUUUUCUCUUUUUGGUCGAUUC